AUGGCCGGCAUGAUGAUGGACGAGAAGCCCUUCAGAAUCGGUGUGAUGGAGUCGGUCACCGGUCCAGGCGAGACCUACGGCAGAGUCGCCGUGCAAGCGAAGCAGAUGGCCGUUGACGAGAUCAACGCCGCUGGCGGCAUCAACGGUCACAAGCUGGAGCUGAUCGUCGAAGACGAGAAGUGCAACGCGCAGGACUCGAUCACAGCGUACAGAAAGCUGACCGACGUGGACGGGGUGAAGAUCAUCCUCGGAACGUCGUGCAGCGGCGCGAUGCUCGGAGCGGCCCCGCUGGCUGAGGAGGACGGGGUCAUCAUGUUCUCCGGACUGGCGACCAACCCCGACAUCGCCGAAGCCGGCGACUAUAUCUUCCGCACGUCGCUCAACGACGCGCAGCUCGGCAUCGACACCGGCAACCUGCUCUGGGACGACGGCGUCCGAACGAUCGCCACCAUCACCGAGGCCACCGACUACGCUGAGGGCGUCCGCAGGACCACCGUCGAGCAGUUCGAGAAGCUCGGAGGAGAGGUUGUUGCCGAGGAGCGCUACGCAUCGGACGUCACCGACUUCAGAUCGCAGCUGACCAAGAUCAUCGGCCAGGACCCCGACGCCAUACACAUUGCCGCCCAGUCCGAGUUCACCGGCGGAACCGUCGUCAAACAGAUCCGCGAGCUUGGAUACGAGGGUGGUCUCUAUUCAGAGAUCGUUCCUGUCGGCACCACUGCGCUGGAGAUUGCCGGCGACGCUGCCACUGGACUCAAGGCGGUUAUCACCGACCUCGAUCCCGGCAACAUGAAGGCCCAGGAUGUGCUGGCCAGUUUCCGCGCACGCUAUGGCUACGUCACCCUUCCGUGGUAUCUCGGCUCGGCGUAUGACGAUGUGUACAUUACCGCAGAGUGCCUGAAGCAGACCGGCGACGACCAGGACGCUGACGGCUUCAGAGACUGCAUGUAUGGCAUCACCUGGAGCGGCACGAUUGGAGAGAGCUACAGCUUCGACGAAAGGGGCGAGGUCGUAGGACUGGCAAACGUGGUGGUCGAGGUACUGCCCCUGGCUGAGCGCACCGAAGCCAACCAGGGCUACAGGGUACUCGGCCCGGCUCCAUCUGCGAUGAUGCAGCAGUAG